UACAACGGAAAUUAUGGAAAAACUAUACCUGACGUAUGGAAUGACCAGUUCAAAUGCCUACUACUACACCAAGGUCAUGUCAAAUCUCUUCCUCUCAACAGCAGUAGAUACACGGGUCACCUUCCAAACGAUCCGCAACAUGAAUGACUUUUGGGAUUAUGCACAGGGUCCGUUGCUGAAUGGAUUGUACUGGACCAAAUGGUACAACGGUGAUCUGAUCUCACACGGUCCUCAUUCAUUUAUUUACUAUGAAAAUAUGCUUCUGGGUGUUCCCCGAAUCCGACAGAUCAAAGUCAUGAAUAAUUCCUGUGUAGUCCAUAAGGACUUUCGAAAAGACAUCAUUGGAUGCUAUGAUAUUUAUACAACAGACAAUGAAAAUAAAUCGCCAAUCAAAAAUGGAACUGCGUGGACUUACUAUUCUGAGAAAGAACUCGGAGGUUCCUCACACUGGGGUAAAAUAACUGUCUACAGUGGUGGUGGCUAUUACCAGGAUCUCAAGACAAAUCUGAAUGAAAGUGCUGCAAUUCUGCAAGAUCUGAAGGACACCCUGUGGUUGGACAGGGGAUCUCGUGCCAUCUUCAUUGAUUUCUCAGUGUACAAUGCCAACAUUAACCUCUUCUGUGUUAUAAGGCUUGUGGUGGAAUUCCCCGCCACAGGUGGUGCAAUUCCUUCCUCACAGUUCCGCACGGUGAAACUGAUCCGUUACAUCAACAACUGGGAUUACUUUAUCAUAGCCUGUGAAAUUAUCUUCUGUAUCUUCAUCCUCUAUUACAUUGUGGAAGAAAUACUGGAACUCAGGCUUCAUAAACUACAGUACUUCAAAUGCAUUUGGAAUUGCUUGGACCUGGUGGUAAUUCUGCUCGCCUUGCUCUCGAUAGGAUUCCACAUCUUCCGCACCAUUAAAGUGAACAUACUGAUGGGAGAACUGCUGACCGACCCAGAAUCCUACGCUGACUUUGAGUUCUUGGCAUUUUGGCAGACCCAGUACAAUAAUAUGAAUGCUGUCAACUUGUUCUUUGCUUGGAUCAAGAUCUUCAAAUAUAUUAGCUUUAACAAGACAAUGACCCAGCUGUCGUCAACUCUAGCUCGAUGUGCCAAAGACAUUCUUGGCUUUGCAAUUAUGUUCUUCAUUGUUUUCUUCGCCUAUGCUCAGUUGGGAUAUCUUCUGUUUGGAACCCAAGUGCAAAACUUCAGUACCUUCCUCAAGUGCAUCUUUACUCAGUUUCGAAUAAUCCUUGGAGACUUCAACUUUGAUGAGAUCGACAAUGCCAACAGAAUCUUGGGUCCAAUUUAUUUUGUCACCUAUGUUUUCUUUGUCUUCUUUGUUUUGCUGAAUAUGUUCCUGGCCAUUAUAAAUGAUACAUACUCAGAGGUGAAGGCAGAUCUUUCUAACCAGAAAAGUGAACUUCAGAUUACAGACAUAAUUAAACAGGGCUAUAAUAAGGCUUUGAUGAAAUUAAAGCUGAAAAAAGAACGAAUUUCUGAUGUGCAGAAAACUCUUCAGCAUGGAUCCGAGAAGCUGGAUUUUGAAGAUUUUAGAAGCAAUCUUAAGGACUUGGGCCACUCUGACCAAGAAAUCAAUGAUACUUUUGCAAGAUAUGACCAUGAUGACAAUAAAGUCCUGGAUGAAGAAGAGCAGAUGAAGAUGAGGAAUGAAUUAGAAGAAAAGAAGAUUGCUCUGAAUGCUGAGAUAGCGAAGUUGGGAAAGAACAUGGACAAGUCAUCAGUUUUCAACCGUUCUGCUGACUUUGAUAAUGUGAAAAACAACAGCAACAAACCAAACAGCAGUGUAACCAAGGAGGAGUUUCAGGCGUUGGCACGCCAGGUUGUCCAACUCGAACAUUCCAUUAGGAACAUUAUAUCUAAAGUUCAUGCGAUCUCUGUUAAACUUGAGACAAUGGAAAAAGGCAAAGACGUGAAGGGAAAGUUGCUACAGAGUAUUCCAGAGGAUGAAAAACGUGAUCCAAUUGAGAACCUGUAACAUUCAAGAAAGAAAAGGCAGAAAAACUGGGACUCCAGCUUGGCUCCACACAAAACUCACAGAGGAGACUCACCCUGGUCACAACCCACCUUGCCCUGACCAGUCCUCAUAUUCUUCACCUUAAAGCAUAAGCAGCCGUCUCAUUCUAAUGCUCACCUUCAGAAACAAAAGCAUUCUGUAAAGGCUGCAUUGGACUCCUUUAACAAUGUGUAGUGCCAGCUGCAAACACCAUAAAAUAACAGCUGAUUUUUGAUUAUUUGAUUUCUCAUAAUUUAUCAUUUUGUUGUGCUUCAAACAGAGUAAAGAAAGAAAAAUGUAAAAUAUUUCUAAAUGCCAGUAAAUACACAGUUAAUUAGAAUAAUACUCUAAUUACACUUUGAGGAAGAUGGAUUUCCCCUAGUUUUAAAUUAUUGUUGAUGUGGCUGUUGGGUACUACGGAUAUAACUUUACUGAGUACAUGCAAUUUAAAUCAAUGACGAAUAAUCUGGUUCAAAAAUGUAAUAUCACUCAAAAUCCAAAAUGUGCUCGACCAUCUUUGGUCCCUGCCUUACCAAUCCCAAGAUAGCAAUUCCUGUCCCAUACUCUAAAUGCCAGCUGCUAACUCAAUUGCCCAACUGGCUUGAAGUCACUGCACACCAGCUGUCAAUGCGUAUACAGAAGGUCUGUAUCUCAAAACUCCCUUGUUUGUCCCUAAGUACGAAUCAAUGACCUUCCUUUUUGUUUACCCAGACUGAAAAUGAG